UUUGCAUAUGCAACCAAAGUCAGACGCGUGAUUUUGAAGGUGUUUUUAUUUAAUGAAUUGUGAUGAAUUGGUGAAUAUUAAACUCGUAAAGCAAGUUAUAACAAAUCAACGCGUCCCAACAAACUGCAUCGAUAAGCACGUGGCCUGGCAAUAUUAAUGCCAAUGAAAGGAUUAUAUAUUCAGCUAUGAGCACAGCAUUAAAAGCAGCAUCGAAACUACCCGUAAGUGAAGCAAAAACAUUGGAAAAAUUUGACGUAAUAUCACCUUUAGUUGAGACUUCGUCUAGUACAGCAACAGUUGUGUCGACUACGGCGCAGGUUUCAUCAAAAUCUUCAUCGCCAUUCAAUGCCGUGAUCUUUGAAGAAUCUUCAAAGCUCUCACCACUUUCUGAAGAAAUCUUCUCACCGUCAGAAAUUGCUACUGCUACUAAUUGUGCAGGUAGUACUAUUGUUGGCGAUUCGAUUACGAAACAAUUAAUAAAGUCGCCCAUUUCAUCUGGAGCUAGAUCACCUAUAGGGCGACAUUUGCUUCCGUUUCUGAAUGAAACAUAUCACAACAACAAUAAGCAACAGAUCCAAAAAAGGAACACUAAUCUGAAGAAUCGUUGUGAGAAUAUGCUAUCAAUGUCAGGCAAUAAUAAUCAACAACUACCUGCGGCAAAUACUGCUGGGCGGACCGGGUCCUCACCAACCAACAGUAUUAAAAAUAUCAAAUGUGAGCCGUAUUCAACACUAUCUCCGCUAAAUGACAGCGCAGCCAACCAGAGCAUGUUAGAUGAAGCGCCAAACAACAAUGGUGGUGGUGUCUCUAAUAAUGUAGCAAUGGAUUCUACUGUUAAGCGUGAACGUGAUUGCCCUACAAACUCCACAUCCGCGUCCACAUCUAUGAUGCGACAAAAUUCCAAUGGUAGCGUUAAGUCGUGUACUAAUACCGGUAAUGCUUCCUCGCCCAAUAAUGGCAGUGAUCAUUCGGAUAGCAGCAAUAUUUCAUCAAGUAUAACAAAAGCAAUAGAUAGUACAUCCGAUAUCCUACAGGACCAAAAUAAUCCGGAUAAAGUUGGAAAUAAAAAGAAAACAAGCCUGAAUAGUUUAACUGUAAAAGAAGAAGAAAAUGGUGUGAAGUCGUUAGAUAAAAGUACUAAUCUCCUUACGGCACCUUCAAGUAAGAAUUUGCUUUGCACAACACCGACGAUCAAUUCUUUGUCUAUUGUGAAAGACGAAACUGAUGUUAUGAAUAAUCUAAUUAAAGUUAAAAAAGAAGAGGGCAACGUUUCACCAGAAAUGUCACCGGCCGGUUUCGGUUCAAUUGCAAACUUAUCGGGCAGUAGCUCAGUGGAGGUGCGUUCCUGCACACCAGUGAAACUGGAUGAUGUAUCAAACACGAAGGCUAUUAAUAAUAGUAAUAAUAAUGGUACGAAUUCGAAUAGUAACAACGAUAAACUAGCAUCUGUAUUAAGUUCUAUAAAUAACAAUGGUCCCAGCGGAUGUGCGGAAGAUGUCCCUGUCCCGGUUUCUUCUCUUGCUAAUGUAUCUGGUGAUGCUUGUAUUGGCGGUACACAUCAUCCAUCAGCGAAUAUGAUAAAUAACAGCAGUAAUUCUGGUGGCUCAAUUGCCAACUGCAUGGAAUAUAUGCAGCAGCAAAAUCAUAUUUUUGUUUUUUCCACACAGUUAGCAAAUAAGGGUGCCGAGUCGGUUUUAAGCGGACAGUUUCCAACAAUAAUAGCAUACCACUGUACACAGCCGGCAACAAAAAACUUUCUUGAAGACUUCUUUAUGAAAAAUCCAAUGAAAAUAUCUAAGCUACAGCGUCAAAAUACGCUUAACUUAUGUAACAUAUCAGUAGGUGCUGGCGGUCAGCAAUGGAUUGGUGGCUGCAAUUCAGUACCAAAAAUGUCACAGAAGCCCAAUGGUAACAAAAUUAACUUCACCGGCCUAAGUGGAAGUUUGGAUAGUAAAGCAUCUUUGCGGCAACCUAAUAUCACCAGCUUUCCCGAUGUACCCGAAGCACUGGGUGGUAGUGAAAACGACUUAAUGUGUUGGGAGCAAUCUCGAAAUAGUCUGGAAGGCGCUGCAAAUGAAGGUCAAACUGGCAUGAAAAUACCUAACGGUGUAGACGGCAUCAUUGGAGGAUCUCAUGUUACUGGGGGAUCUCAUGCUGUUGGCAAUAAGCCCCUUGGUGCACCCGAUACAAACGUUGCAAACGAUAAUGGGACGCCAUCAUUGCAAGGCAUCAAAGUGCCUGAUGAGAAUCUAACGCCACAACAACGACAGCAUCGAGAAGAGCAGUUGGCAAAAUUAAAGCAAAUAGAUCAAUUUUUAUCUAAUCCACUACAGGGUACAAAUCAGUUAAGCAAAUUGGGUGCAGACAGUGUGCCGGGAAAUCUUGCUGGCCUAAUGCUAAAUUUACCUAAUUCAAGCCCAGCUGGCAUGGUGUCGCAGAUGAUUAACCCGCUGAAUCCCAAUAUGCGUAACAUGCCGCCACAUGUAAUGAAUUCCAGCAAUCAAAACAUAUGCAACCCCGAAAAUAUGUCUACAGCAUUAGCCGAUGGAAAUAUGGUGUCUACGGAUAUAAUGGGUACCCAUGAAAUGAACAACGUAAAUAAAUCAAUGCAAAGUAACACUCAGCCGAACAUCCAAUGUGGAUCCAAUGGCGUUAUUGGCGCGGUUUCUUCGAAUGUAAGUGCUGGAAAUAUGCCUAGAAAUUCACUAUCAUGUCAUUCCGGUGGAAGCAAUAGUGGUGGCGGAGCGGGAGGAAGUGGAAAUAUCAGCACUCCUGGCCUUAUGCCGAAUUCCCCUGAAAUGAUGAGCAACUUUAUUGCAGAUGGCAAUUUAAAUAGCAGUGUAGCUAAAUUAAUAGGUCCCGGCGGUAUGCAUCCUCAAGAAAUUGGUCAAGUAGGAAUGGCACAAAUGGAAUGGUCUAAGUUACAGCACCAGUUUUUCGAAGAACGUAUUAAAAAUAAGGGUCAAGGGGCAAACGAUAUCGGCUGUAUGCCAGCAACACUCUGCCGCUCAAACUCUACCAGUAUGGGAAAUGCAAGCCUGAGAGCUAAUAUGCUAGGGACAUGUGUAUCCACAACUACAACAAAUAGUAGUCAAACCAUACGUUCAGCACAAGGUCCGCCCCCACCAUAUCACCCCACACAACGCUCGGCGUCUGUGCCCAUUGCAACCCAAUCUCCAAAUCCAGCUAGCCCUAAUAACCCGACCUCAAACUUAUCUUUGCCGUCACCCCGAACAUCAGGUGCACUUGGUAUACCAGCGAACUCGCCAAAUAUGGAUGUACAUGUGUCUACGAUGUCAACAACACUGGGGGUAACAACAACGACGUCAACCGUCACUACUGCCAUAUCAAAUACAAACGCUCAAGGUAAAAACAAUUUCCAACCUGAAGGUUCACCAACCACCAGUACCGCCAAUACCAAUAACAACACCACAAAUAAUAAUCGGAGUCGCAACAAUCAAAUCAAUCAAUUCAACAGCAAUCCAAGCACUCCAUCACACUUGUCACCCAAAGAUCUAGAGUCGUUUCAUCCAAGCGCGCCAGCAGGCGAUCUAAAGAAUGCUCGACCCAGCCCGCAGAGAUCACGAACUCCACUUAUGGGGUCAAACAAUGGCAGUAUUGCAGACGCUGGAAAUAUGGAAGGCCGUUUCCCACCUGCCAGUCCUGGCCUUAACUUUCCUCAGCAUAUCCAGAAUGCGUCUAACAGUGGUGUCAACAACUAUAAAGGCCCAGGUCCCAUCGAGCGCCAGAAUUCGGCACCUGUAGCUUCACAGUUCUGUCGGCGCACUGAUAACCUCCCAUUGAAUCCGAACAGUAACCGCUCAGGCCAAAAUAAACUAAACCAUUCAUUUGAUCCCAUCUCGUCAUUAGCGCAAAUGUCACAGCAGCUUACAAGCUGUGUGUCUCUCAACACAGGUGGUGGUGGAAAUAGCGCCGGUGUUGGAAACAUGGGUGUUAUUGGCGUAAAUGAUGUAAAUGUUCCCAAUAACAUAAAUCAGAAUAUGGAUACUAUGAUGGGCUCAAUCGAUUCGGGAUUAGAUCACUGCAAUGCUGGUUCAUCCGGUAAUAUGGGUAUGCCUCCUCAUAUGAGCGGUCCUGGACCCUUCAUGUCUAAUAACUGCCAUAUUAACACUAUGCUUGGACCCAUGGGGCAACGUUUACUUAAUCCGAAGAUGUGUGGUGGCUUUAAUCCCACCAAUGGAGGGAUGGGACGUGAUGGGCCAGGUGGACUGCAUGGCGUAAUUCCAACACAUCGCAUGAUGGGACGCGUGGCUAUGAACUUCGGAAGCUUCAAUGUUUCACCAAAUAUACAAGUGAAAGCCAGCACACCGAAUACCAUACAGUAUAUGCCUGUUCGUCCACAAACCAAUAAUAAUAGCAAUAUGCGCGUACCGCCGAGUUUAGAAUUUCUACGUUACGCGAAUCCUCAAAUAUCAGGCACGGGGAAUAUCAUGGACAACACUCAUAUAGGACAAGGGAUUACAGGACCUCCUUCUGAUCCGAACAAAAUUAGUAAUUGCAGCAGUGGUCCUGGAGUGGCGGGCAACGCAGGUAUGAACUUUUUUGGAAAUUGUAAUCAGAUGGGUUCAAUGGUCGGUGAUCAAGAAGACAUGGUUGCCGGGAAUCUCAUAGCAGGUCAUGAAAUGGGCAUGGGACCUCAUAUGAUACGUGGCAUGCGUCCUAUCAGACAACAACAUAUGGGACAUUCAACAAAUCAAAUGAUUCCUGGUCCCCGUAUGCAAGCACCGGGCGUUCCAGUGAUGCCAGGACACUUUGCUAACGGGCAACAAGAUCCAAUGGAAUGUGGGGACGCUUCUAUGUUCAUCGCAAAUAAUCCCAAUGCUAAUGGACCGGUACAGGGUCCUACGCAGAGUGUACCCGGGCAAAGCCAGAUGUACGCUGGUGGUAAUAGUCAGCAAAAACCCGUAAAAUCAUUAGGUGCGAGCAACAUUUGCCAAAAUAUGAAUGCGCCAAGCCUGGGUAACAAUGGUCAAUUGUCGGCAAACGGAAAUUUACUUCCGAAUGAGCACAAUACAUCAAUGCCUUCAGCAGUAAACGGGCCUCUAAUGAUGGGUAACAAUAGCACCAUGCUCUCAAACGCUAUGCAAGUGGGUAAUAAUGCAUCGCCAGUCGGUUGUAGUGGCAAUGGGGGAAAUGGUCCCGGUGAUGUUGGAAAUGUUGGUUAUAAACCAUUUGUUGGCCCCGCCUCGAAUGAUAUUAAGUACGCGCAGCAGUAUCACAGUUUUCAACAGCAAUUAUACGCAACGUCGACGAGAAGCCAACAAAACACUGGCAAUUCUAAUAUUGGAGCCAAUGUGUCCACGAAUCCCACGUUUUUUGUAAAUAAGUAAACAUUCUAAUAAAGUUAAGGUGACCGUUUCUAUACUUUUUCAAGUUUUAGUUCAUUAAAUACUAUGUUCAUACAUUUCUAUGUAUAUUUGUAAAUUAUUUUUUUUUUAUCGCCUGCCUUGUAGUGUAUUGUAACGUUCGAUUAGUUUGGAAACUUAUUCAAAAAUGUUAACAGGUAAAGGAAGUUAUGAUAAAGAAAAAAAUAAUGAAAACUUCAAUUUGAAACCAAUAACAAAUUCAUUAUCAAUGUAAACAACUUACUACGAUGUUAUGUAUUAUAUUCUUAAGUCUCUACUGGAAUUCACCACACUUUGAUUUUAUAUACUUGCGAGACGUUUUUAUAAAGUUACAAAUUCUUUUAGUUGCAUUAACUGCAGGUGUGGAUGAUAAGAAAAAGAAAAUAAUAUAUAUAUUUGUAACUGUAUGCAAUAAAAUAUAUAUAGAAAUUUAAAAGUAUUAAAUAUAGUUUAAAACACAAUAUGGCUUGUGUUAGAUCUUUUGAUGUUAAGACUAUUGUGAAAUAAAGUGAAAUGAAUCAUGCGCUCCCUUAUUCCAAAA